GAGGGGCGGGCUGGCUUGGCCUGGCCCCGAGCCUCCUGUGGCUGGCCGCGGCUCCACCUGGACACAAUGGCCGAAGCGGCGGAGGUAGUACUAAGUGAUGGGGACACUGAGGGUGGCCCGGCGGCGAGGCCCCGCAGUGGCGGUGCGUGCGGCGCUGGGCUCCUGGGCUCAGGUCUCUGGCUCCGCCGGUCUGGCCCAGCCGCCAGGGUGCCAGUCAGUCACGGUGUCAUCCCGUGGUCUCCCGCUCGCAGCCCCAGCCCGCAGCUUUGAGGUCCUCCAGGCGGCCCAGCCAACCUGGGUAGGCAGGAUGGCCCUUCCUGGCUCAGCGCCUCCAGGGCUGUUAUCUACGGGAGCAGAGACCGUACGGGAUGCGGCCAGGCCGGGUGCGCUGCCAGUCCAUGCACAAGGCGGUCUCCGCGAGAACCGAGUGCAGGAGAGUGAAGGGGACCACGUCAUGCUGGAUAACGAAAAGAAAACUGAGAAGGAGGAAUGGAAGCUAAAGCAGGAAAUUUCUGAAGAAACAGGAUCAGGACACCCAAUACAAAUACCCCAUGGAUCUAAAUUCUUAGGACCCAGGGAAAGUGAGAACAGCUUGGAGAGGCAACAGGUAAACUCAGCAGAGGCUGGACUGUUACACUCUUCUUUUGAGAAAAAGGGGUUCAGCCAAGUGAGCAUUACCCUUAAGAAAACCCUUAUAGGAGAGGGAAAGCUUGACAUUAAUAAGAAAGUGAGAGUUUGUGAUCUGACCCCAGCCGUUACACAUCAGAGAGUUUCAACAGAGGAAAGAACCUAUAGGUGCAAGGCAUGUGGCCAGAGCUUCAAACAGAAGUCAGGACUUACUCAGCAUCAGAAAAUCCAUACCGUAAAGAGAAUCUAUCAGUGCAACGAAUGUGGAAAGGUCUUCAGCAGGAGCUCUAACUUGGUUAUACGUCAGAGAAUUCACACGGGAAGGAAACCUUAUGUUUGUGAUGACUGUGGCAAAGACUUUAGCUGA